CCAGAUUUUUUUUUUAUGUAAUUGACAUUUUGGAGCCAUGGGAUAAAUACGCAUGCAUGUACAGGGUAGCUGGCACAUUGGGGAAAUCGCAGCAUCGAUAGAUACAGGUGUCGUCAGCUUUACUGCGAUGAAUUGACAGAGUUAGACUCUUCCAUGCACUGACAAACCACAUAACAUGCAGCCACGAUUCAUUGGUCUCCACUCUAUGUGUGGGUGAUUCGACUUGAGCGAACAGCCUAUCUACCCAUAGAAGAAGUUAAGAUCGAUUCAAUUUGCUAUUCUCACAUGUUGAGUAAUUUUCGGACCAGGCUACAUCCAUGUGUAGCUUAUUGAUAUUUUUUCUAUGGAUAAACAGCAUGGUUUUGUGUUGGACCAAUUAUAGUCAUAAAGGGAUUAUAGUCAAUCAAUAUAACGCUACCAGUUCAGCUUAGAAUUUGUCUAUUGUACAAGGUGCUGCUGAGGGGGAUAGUGAAUAACUAUUACACUGAUCUUUAUCAACUUUGGGAUACGCAGUCACUGAGUUUAAGGAAUUUAACCUCACUUUAAGUGGUGAAUCUUAACUGGACACGCAUAUCUUCACACCUCGACUCGAGUGGAAACUGAGAGAGACGCUGGACAUUCGGACGCCGGUUGAUAAUGUGGCCGUUCCGAGAAAGAAGACUUUUUCAGAUAUGUCUUCUUCUUAUCUCCGUUGACAGUCUCCAUUCGACACUGAAUAUACCAAUUAUGGGACUAAGAAAGAGUUUCAAGGCGUGGACUGCUGAGAUCAGCAGAAGGAUAUAUGACCUCAGUGUACAAGCAACUGGACUACCAAAACUGAGAAAGUGUUAUGAAGAUGAGGCCAAGGUAGAAAUUAUGAAUGGCACCAAAAUACUAGACACAGUGUCCACAAAUAUGGAGAAAAUGCUACGGAAGAAGGAAGACGCAAUAAGCAGACUUGUUGAAGCAGCAGAAGAAGCCAAUAAACAGCAUACGUUUGAUCCAGAGAUAGAUCUUCAUUAUUACAAUGCCAAAAGAAUCAAUGAAAUAAAUGAAAAAACUGGAAACUAUGUCACAACGGAGCCGGGUGCCACCAUGCCUCCAACAAUGGUGGAUGACGAAAAUGAACAUUUGCAAUUUAACCCCGAAUGGCUCAAUCUGACUGUUCACGAAGAUGAGCAUUUCAAUUAUGUUCGAGUAAAUCUAAACUACAGCACUGUGCAUGUUCCAACAGAUGUUUAUGACAGAUAUCCAAAUGUCAGCAAUGGCAUUUCCUGGUCGGAAAAAUUAGAUCCAGUUUUUAAAAAGAACUAUGAAAUAGACCCCACGUUAACCUGGCAGUACUUUGGGAGUGCGUCGGGAUUUUUUCGAACAUUUCCAGGUUAUAAAUGGCCACCGCCUCCACUAGGUGUAGAUUUGUUUGACUGUCGAACCAGAGAGUGGUACAUCCAGGCGGCAGCGUCUCCCAAGGAUAUCGUAAUUCUGUUGGACUCCAGUGGCAGUAUGACUGGGCUGAGGAGCAAAAUAGCGCGAACUACAAUUAAUAAAAUUCUUGACACUCUGAGUGAUGAUGACUAUUUCAACAUUAUAAGUUAUUCUACACAACCAUUAUAUAUUGAUAAAUGUUCUAAUAGAACUUUAAUACAAGCAAACAUAAAAAAUAAAGAGAGAUUAAAAGAAGCAGUAAAGGAUGUGGAAAUAAAAAAAAUAGCCCACUUGGAUCGAGCCUUGGAGGAGGCAUUUGCCUUGCUGGAUGUGGCCAGAUCUGAUGGAGAAGGGACCCAGUGCAACCAGGCCAUUAUGAUCAUAUCUGACGGCUCUCCUGACACAUACGGGGAGGUGUUUGAGAAAUGGAACAGGCCAAAUAUCACAGUACGGGUGUUUACCUAUCUGAUUGGCAGAGAAGUGAAAGAUUCCAGAGAAGUCAGUUUAAUAGCAUGUGCCAAUAAAGGCUAUUAUACUCAUAUAUCCACACUGGCUGAUGUGCAGGAAAAUGUUCAGAAAUAUGUGAAUGUAUUGAGCAGACCAAUGGUAAUGCAGAGGGCCAGAUACAGUGUGUGGACCAGUGUUUAUCUGGACAUAGCUGAGCCAUGGUUGAAGUUACGAUCGCAGGUGACAGACGGAUGGGUGCGCCGUCCGUUGUCGGGAGAGCACACUCAUUUAGAAAAGGGUCUGCAGUUAAUGACGUCUGUGGCACAACCAGUGUUUGACCUGAAGAAUGAAACUGUGCAGCAGGGUAAUCUGCUUGGAGUAAUGGGGACAGAUGUCCCCCUGGUGGAAUUACAAAGGCUUAUUCCCCUAUACAAGCUGGGGACUAAUGGCUAUGCAUUUGCCAUCACUAACAAUGGCUACAUUUUGUUCCAUCCUGACUUCAGACCUUUGAAAUGGGAUGGAAAAGCGAAACAUAACUAUAAUAUGGUGGACUUGGAAGACGUAGAAUUUCCAGAGGGCGACAAUGACUUGGUACAAAGGCUGAGGACUGAAAUGAUUGACCAGCAAACAGGGGAUAUGAAAAUACCCAUCAAGAUGAUGACAAGUAAUAUGACCAGAGUAGCUCUUAGGACUAACAGAUAUUUCUAUACCCCCUUGGAGCACACGCCGUUUUCCCUGGGUCUAGUUUUCCCAGAUAAGUAUGGACUGUAUGACAUCACAAACAAAAUCAACAUUACAAGCAUGGAUGAAAGCAUGCUGAAUAAUAAAGAACUGAGGCUGGCACCAUGGGCCGAAUUCUGUCAUUUGACCACAGAGGAAACCAAGCAGGAUCGCUUCGAGGUGUUCAAGAGGUAUAUCGACAAGUGGAGAAAUGAGAAAGAAGACAGAGAAUUUGAACAGAGAUGUGAUGAGGAGUUGAUGUCCCGUAUCCUCUAUGAUAUCUCUGUCACCCAUCCCAUGCUGGCCAUUGAAAUUGGAUGUAACGGCUGGAACCUUACCAAAGAACCAGGAGUUGAGCUUGUUUUCAUGGGCACAAGACACGGUGUCACAAGAUUUUAUAAAAAUACAGAACAGUUAACUGAUGAAUAUUUUGUACAAACCCAGAUAAACACAAUAAAAGAUCUGUAUUAUGAGAGAGCAGCAGAUGCAGGAAAUGACACAUUUGUAUUUUCUGUCCCGCGCAAUGCUAGUCUCUUUCCACCAAAUGAAACUGUGAUAACGGGGAGUACAGGCAUCUUCCUUCACCCGCCAAAAACCUCUUCAGGUUCUGGAGGACCAAAUCCAAAAAACCUCGCCAACCAAACCAACCAGGCAUUGGCAGCUGUGAUAGGGCUGCAGAUCAAACUGCAGCUUUUCCGGGAAAUUAUGAUGAACUCCACCGCGGAGUGCUUUGAGUCUCCUGGAACCAGCAAUGUCACGUGCAACUCCUCUUGUGCCAAUGAUACACUCGACUGUUUUCUGAUUGAUGAAAAUGGGUUCAUCGUUGUAUCAGAGAAUGAAAACAUUUCUGGCCUUUUCCUGGGAGAGGUGGAUGGUCCACUCAUGAAUAAAUUGUCUGAACAGAUCAGAAGUCAGGCCAGUACAGACGAAAAUGUUUUUAAAACUGUGGAUAUUAUAGAUUACCAAGCAAUAUGUGAUGUGGCUGAAAAUACUAGCGGUAGCUUUGCCACCAGGUUGAUGAAUCCAUUUUGGAGCGUGAUCACUGCCACCAAGUGGAUUCUAAAUGAACUAGCAAUACUUUUCUUAGAAUUUAAUUUAUAUAAUUGGUGGAAUUUUAGUGGAACAUCUGCCAGAACUCACAUCCCUCAGCAGCCAAUAACUCGACCAUGUGACCGUGUUAGCACUCUUACCACGCUAAACCUUCCUGAUCAGUACGAUCCUGUGGUCAGGAGCCUGCCACUAUGUCAGUUCUGCUCAAACUGUGACAACGAGACGGCAUGUGAAAUAGAGUGUUCUAUCGACCCAGGUUGUUACAGGUCAUUUUUCAUCCAGCGCGUCCGUAACACCAACCUGUUCUUCCUGGCCGUAGAGUCAACGUGCACGUGCGAGGAGUCUAUGCCUAUUAGUUUGGAGCCUAGAGAAGUUAGAUUUGAAGAUGAUCAGGAAUGCGAAUCUAUGAAAUUAAAGAAAUACCGAAGGAGACCAGAUCAUUGUUAUAAUUUAACAGAUGAAUUACAGUUUCUAGAAGACUACGAAUAUUCUUUGAGUGAAGAGGAGAUUGAGAUAAGCGGCCGUAGGAUAGAAGAAGACUGUGGAAGCAGCUCUCCAAGGAUACAAGUUCCUCACGUCACUGUUUUACUACCACUAGUAUUAAUUUUCUACCAAUUAAGUCACUAGAAACCAACACUGACCUGCCAAACCUCUGGAUGCUGUGUGCGACUUUAACAAGCUCAGCUGAUGAUAAAGGUGUAGAGUGAGAUUCUUGCAGGCUGCCAGUAUUACAGUACACACAGAGAUGUGGGUAAAAUGUAUUGUUGGUUGUGUUAUCAACAGUAAGAUAACACUUGCAAACAAUGGGCAGCAACAUGAAAGCACAGAGACUUUGCGAAAAUAACUAGUAUUGGCAACCAUGUGCUUGUUCCCCAGCGGUGGCGAAUUCAGAUGUUGAUGACCAAUUCAGUAUACCAGCUAAAGGAUGUGCACUGAGGGUUUUGUCUCUGGCCCCUCUGUCAAAUCAUAGGAUAUAUUUAUCUGUAUUGCAGUGUUUGAACUGGUCUUAACAUGUAAUUACACUAGGAUUUCUAACUGAUUAACUCAAUCAAUCAGUUCUGUGGUCAAAUACUCCUCAUUUAGGUGAAGGGUACAAGCUUAUUUUUCUGUUGGAUAAAGGGGGCAAAUUAAAAAAGUUUGACAAAUUAAAAAGAUUUAGCUCCAUCUCCUUCUGCUGUAGAAGGGGUAUCCACAGCAUGGGGGGGGGAGAGGAAUUCCAAGCAUCCAAUUCCAUAGAAUACUAAUUCAUUUGCUACUGACUACAUAACCUGGGGAUAAACACUACGUUGCAGUUUCCCUGGCUCCCCCAUUGUGUCCUGUCCAAUAUACUCAGGGUCUAGGUGUGCAGUAGAGCUAGCAAUUACAGUCUAGAAACCAGUAACCAUGAGGAAAGAGAAGAAUAUUUAAAAGUUAAUAGUAUUCCUCUGUAUCUGUCUUACUAAGGUUGUACUGUUUGUGUUCAGUUGGUAAAUGCCAGCCUUUUGUGUGUGUGUGUGUGUGUGUGUGUGUGUGUGAACAUAAUUGUUUGCUAUUGUGAAGAAGUUUGUUUUUUUCGUUAAGUGACUGCAAAAAGUUAAUACAGUGUUGGUAUUUCUGUUUUUUUUCUUUCUUUCUUUUAUUUUAUUAUUAUUUUUUUUUUUUUCAUUUUAUCAUUUUACUGUUUAUUUCAUUUUAUUUUUUAUUAGAAAAGUUUACAGUGUUGUUUAUACAUGGACUUUUGGGCCAAACUAUUUUCCUUCAGUUCCAUUUAUGAGAGUGAUAGUAGAUAACUAUGUAGACAUUAUGAUUUCUUCCAAUUGGUGAGUUGUUAGUUUCGAGGCUGGUUUUUGUCCUUCCUUGAAUUAUGGAAUUGCCAGGUGUUUUCAUUUAUACACCUGGGGAUUGAACUGCAUCAUACACAUGUAUAUAAAGUUGAUGAACAAGGCGUGUUGUCUUUUGUCUUUUUAUACAAUCUCUGAAGACAUUUUAAUAUUAACAAAAAAGACUAAUUAUCUGACAGAAAGAAUAGUAUUAAGACAAAAAAGUAUCAACUGACAUUUAUAAUUCCCUUUUAAUAUUUUAAUUCUGUUGUAUUGAAAAAUGACUUAUAUGUAGUAUAGACACUUUUGAGUUUGAUAACUGAAGAGAAUUGAGGUACAGUGAAUUUUUCUCAUAAAGCACUGUGCUGAGAGGCUAUUUGGUGUCUUUUUUUAACAAAUCUGUGAUUUACACUCAGAGUGUUGAAUUCAGUGAUAAAGCAAACAGGAGAGAGAAAUAUUUGUACAUAUGUAAAUGUAUUUGACUUGUAUGUAUUGUGACUUUUAAGUUGCUCGUUAUUGUCUUUUUAUACCAAAAUUGAUAUUUAUAUUGGGAAAGCUGCAAUUAAUGUGAUGAAAGUCACAGUAAAGCAUGACCAUGAACUCCUGGGGUGUACCUACAUUGAUAUUAUAUUUGUAUAUUCAACACUCUUGUUUCAUUGUACCAUGAACAAAAUUGCGUCAUCAUGUCCAAGAUUGUACACAGUUUUGUACAGAUGGUCA